AUCUUGGUGCUUGCCCCAAGCUCAGCUCAUUGCUCUCUCCCACUGCUCCAACGUCCAGAUCGCAUUAUGUGCACCCGUCGGCGAUGAAUCAAUAAGUCUAUCUACUUCGAAUGCGCAUGCGCAGAUACCCUCGUCGGGGCAGAGUCAUCUCGAUAUUGACAACAUCUUUUUGUGGUUCCCUGACUUUUCACCCUCAUAUUCAUAUUCUUGUUUUCUUUGCGCUGGUCAGUACCAUUGUCGCAGUGUUGAUAACCCAGCCACUGCUGUUUCGCUUGUCUCCGAUUUCCGUUCAGUCUCGCACAUCACGACCCACGCUGGAUUCUGCUGUCCAAGGGCAUACUCACCGCAAGUCGUCCUGGCGCAAACUACAUUGCCUUCGGCUUCGAUCACCACCAUGAAAACGUCACCCCGUGUUCGCGAGUGAACCUAGAUGAGUUGGCCCGGGAGGAUGGCGGUCAUCAAACAGCCUACAGGCGCAUGCGAGGGUAGCUUCCACCCUCUGACAACACAUCAGCAUUAACGUCUGUUCAAUCUGAAUACUCCUGACAACACCUACACUG